UUACCUCUGUGUGUUUUUAUGGGUGGAGACUGAGGUCCUCCCUCAAAAUAUAUAGUCAGACAACCAAACUCCAUCAGCCUGACCACCAGCAGCUACAUCACUAGAGGCCGUGUAGCCCGAGAACUGUUUUAUUUGAGCGCACAGUCACGUCACAUUGGACCAGUCUGAUUACAAAGUAAGAGAGAUGAGUCAGGAGGAGCAGGUGACUGAGGACAUGCCUGCAUACCUCAAUGAUGAGCCAGUAGCUACAGAUGGAGACGACAACAAGGACCAUCCGCAGGCGCAGCGAAGCAUGUUAGGCAGGUUUGCGGGGGGCUUGUAUGGCGCCACCAAGGGAGCUUUAGGUGCGACUGUGGGCGGCGUGACUUGGAUAGGAGGAAAGAGUCUGGACCUCACCAAGACCACGGUCAGCACUGUAGUCGCUCUGCCUGGGAUGGGCGUGGGUCUGGUUAAAGGAGGAGUGUGUGCUGUAGCCGGAGGAGUGACUGCUGUUGGUUCUGCGGUGGUCAACAAAGUUCCCAUAGGAGGGGGCAAAAAGAAGGACAAGUCUGACUGACGGAGAGAGGAGGAGAGUGAACGCGCACAGCUGAGGUGUUACGGCUCGCACUGUGUUGUUUCCUGUGUUAAGCAGGAAAAGAGCAACAGAGGACUCAAAAGUUUAGUGUACACAUUUUUGGUGAAGGGAGUCUUUGUUUUUUCUCCUUUUUAAUGUGAUUGUUGGUAAACCCAUGUUCAUAUAUGUAAGUGGCUAAGACCCACAAAGCAUGAACUAACAAAGACUCUCCUGCUGUGUUGUUAAAGGAAACACACUAUUGUCACCAGUGCCUGAAAUUGUUCAAAUAAAAUGUCCAUGUUUCAUUUUUGAUAAUAAGUGACUGUUGUACUUGCCACAUAGGUUAACUUUGAUACCAGAGGAGAAAUGCUCCUAAAGACUGUAAAUGUACUUACAUUUCACUUGCAAGACAAUCAUUGAUCAAUGGUGAUCUGUAACUGACAAAGAGGUGUUUCACUGUCAACUGACAUGGAUCAGAAAAUGUGUACAUUGUGACUAAAUCAGCUCUCCGUUCCGCUCAAAGAUGUGAUCUUUAAAGUACAGUCUAGUUUAAUAUCUAAACCCCCUGCUGACUUUGGACUGUACAUAUGUCACUGGUGAAUUUUUUUGACAGUUUCAGUUUUCCUAUGAAUUCACAUUGCCCUCUUGUGGCUAUAUUGUCACCUCAGUGGAAGGUGACUCAUACUUUUGAUACAGAAUCAGAUUUAUUACAAUAAAAUAUUGCAUCACAUUAUGAACGCUAGAGUAUUUUGAUUCCAAUCAAAUUAACUUUCGGUUGUAGUUGUAAUUGAUUCACUAUGAAUAAUAUUUUAUACAUGACACAUAUUUUGACUAACUGUAUAUUUUGAUAGUUACCGUGAUAUGUUGUUUAAUGUUAACUCUCAAAACAAAGUAUGUCAACCUCUCUCCUUUGGACACAGAUGGUUCAUAAGGGCAUAAUUCUCUCCCAAUGUAUCAAAGCAUUAGUUCUCAACCGGAACUUCCCCCUAAUGCUUCUCCAUAGGAAUCUGAUGGCUGUAGUUUUGACAUUAGAUUCUGAAUUUCAAGUGUCAAGUGCAUUUCAAUCAGAUAAAACUGGAGUUCAUAUAAUGAAUAAAAAGCCUUUUUGUAAAUAGUAAAAACUUUAAAAUGCCAUUCAAGUCUUGUAUGUUACAGAACUAAGCUUUCAAAGCUUUUUUUUAAUCAGUGUUGCAGGAUGUUUGAAAGUUUACUGAACAAUGAGAAUUGUUUGAAACAUGAACUUGUUUAAAUAAAACAUGCUGAA